CAGUUCGUCUCCAUUAUAGUAUCAGGUCUGGAAAUCUGCAUUACUUCAUUUUCGAUCUGGUUACCGGUGGAGAGCUUUUUGAUGACAUCGUUGCGAGAGAGUACUACAGUGAAGCUGAUGCAAGCCAUUGCAUACAGCAAAUCAUGGAGAGUGUAGAGCAUUGCCAUAAGACAAGUGUUAUACAUAGAGACUUGAAGCCAGAGAAUCUUCUGCUGGCAAGCAAAGCCAAGGGGGCCGCAGUCAAGUUGGCCGACUUUGGACUUGCUAUCGAGGCUGAAAAUGAUAAACCAAGCUGGUAUGGAUUUGCUGGAACUCCAGGUUACCUUUCUCCAGAGGUGUUGCGUAAAGAAGCAUAUGGCAAGCCAGUCGACAUGUGGGCAUGUGGUGUAAUUCUGUACAUUCUUCUGGUUGGAUAUCCACCAUUUUGGGAUGAAGAUCAACAGAAGCUCUACAACAUCAUCAAGCAUGGGAAAUAUGACUACCCAUCGCCAGAGUGGGAUACGGUUACACAUGAAGCCAAAGAUCUUAUAAACAGAAUGCUCACUAUCGACCCUAAUCGAAGAAUCACUGCGUCUGAAGCUCUGAAGCAUGCCUGGAUUGCGAAUCGUGAACGUGUAGCCUCGUCCGUACACAGACAGCAGACCGUGGACAGUUUGAAGAAGUUCAAUGCUCGCCGGAAGUUAAAGGGAGCUAUACUUACUACCAUGCUGGUUUCCAAGAACUUUUCCACUUUCCGGGAGAAGAGCCAAAGUCAAGGUGCUGUUCAAGCGAAAGCAGCAAAACCUCAAGCAAAGCAAAGUUCGGAGGUCGAAAAACGGCCACAAACAGUGCCGCCAUCGGCUAUACCUGAUCCAGAAGUGUUACAAGCCUUUAGUCAUUUAGCAGCCCAAGUAAAACCUCAGGUAAAGCAAAGUACUCAGGUUGAGAAACCGCCUCAAACAGGACUUCCAAAAGCUCCAGACCCAGAUGUUUUACGUGAUCUUAGUCAAUUAGCAGCACAAGCUGGAAGAUCAUCCAAGAAAGAUGACGGCAUCAAAGAAUCCUCAGAUGGCAGCACAAUUGAAGAUGAUGAUGUCAGAGCUCGCAAACAAGAAAUUAUCAAGCUUACAGAACAAAUUAUUGAAGCAAUCCAAAAGGGAGAUUAUGAAACUUACACCCAAAUUUGUGACCCCCAUUUGACCUGCUUUGAGCCUGAGGCUUUUGGAAACUUGAUUCAUGGCAUGGAUUUUCACAAGUUCUAUUUUGACAAUGCAAAUAAAGGUAACAAAGCACGUAAUACUAUUGUAAAUCCUUAUGUUCACCUGAUCGGAGAAGAUACAGCAGUCAUAGCUUAUGUACGACUUACUCAAUUUAUUAACAGCUCCGGUCUACCCGUGACCCAACAAUCUGAGGAAACCAGGGUGUAUCAGCGCAAGGAGUCUAAAUGGCAGCAUAUCCACUUUCAUAGGUCUGGCUCACCAAGCAUGCCUGCUAAAUAGACAAGUGUGGCGGACAGGGAUGACUGCCCGGUGAUUCUUGCUUGUGGAUGUCGAAUCCUCUUUUUCCCAUGCCAACUGCUUGGGGAGAGUCUCGGAGAGAACAUGUUGGAUGGAAGAAUUCUUCAACAUUGCUUUCUCGAGAGAUAUUUUGAAUCUAUAAACUGUUCUUAUCUGUACAGUUUUGGAAAAUUUUGGCCAACCAUGAGUAAUGACAAAAAAUAUAUAUAUACAGAAAAAAAAAUGUGAUUUGAAAGGUAGAGUAUUUUGUGAUGGUUUGGCAAGUGCUAAUAUGGUGUUGGUCUUUGAGGACUUUUUGAGGGUCCACAAAGCUCCAUUCUCCAGUGUCUUAAGAACCUUUGGUUCCAAAAGAUCAUUUUUGUGCAUCAUAGUAUCUUUAAACACGAUUCACAAUAACAGUUUGGGAAACAAACAAAAUAACAAUAAUUAUUUGAUUUCAAAAUAUUUCCACAUCAAGCAAUUUUUUUGGCCAAAUGGGAGAGAAAGAAGUGUUAAUUUUCAAGACGUUCUCCAGACAAGAAUUACAAUUUAAUUACACUAAAUAAUAAAUUGUUUUUAUUAAAGUAUAUAUUGUCUUUUUCACAUAGAUAUAGCCAGCAAGUAUCAUGGUACUGAUGCAAAAUUCUAUUCAAAUUUUGGAAUUGCUUUGUAGAUGAGGAAUAUAGUUCUUGUUGUGUAUAGUUUGGUAUGUAGGGUAAUUGCUUAUAAUUGCAAAAGAGAAUUUUAUUGUUAUCUUUAUGUCAUUGUCUUAUAAAAAUAAACAUUAAGAAAUGUUUUUUAAAUAUGGGAAUCAAGUUGCGCUUUUGAAUUUGUGAAAUUAAACAAAAAAAACUAUAAAAAAAUAUGUUGAAUUUAAUUCCCUUAUUAAUCAGUUGAUUAAAUAAUCUAUUAUAUUUAAUAUUAUUAUUAUUAACUUCAUAUAAAUGGUUUUCAUGUAUGUGCCUGUUGCUAGGGAAGCUAUUUGUAAUCAAAAUCUCAUAUAAUUUCUGAUUUUAACAAGAUUUAGAUAUUAAUUCCCAUCAAUAGUGCUUUAUAUAAAUAUUUGUUUUCUGUGUCAUACCCAGAUCUUGUGACUUUCGACUGUUUUUAUGUGAGCCAAUGAUAACAUUUAUCCUCUUUCUGAUUUUGAAAAUGUUGGGUUAUAUAAAAUAAGACCAGAAAGGUUUAAAUUGUUGGCAUGGAUUUGCUAGGUUAUAUCAAGCAUUGGUGAUGGUACAAAUAAAAAAAAUAUAUUUUUACUUCUCUCUUAAUUUUAAUUUUCUGACCUCUUUAUUAAAGUUGAUCAUUGUCAAGGUUAUAGACAUUUUAAAUUUAGGAUCCGGACUGACUGUACCCAUAGAUCUUUACCUAAUGAUUUGAUUUGAAAUCAACUUAAUUGGGCCAAAUUAAAAAAUGAUUCAUCAUAUUUAUAGUAAUAAUAAUAACAUUUAUAUACAGUAGGGCACCAUUAUUAUCAUAUCAUCAUAUAUAUUUCUGUCACAAAGGUAGCCACAACAGACACAAAUUCUAUAGGAUUUCUGUGUUUUUUAACUAAUAAAAAGAAACAAAAGGCAGCCAAUAAUUUAGAUACCAUAAGUGACAAGAAUCAUUUUUUUCUUUGGCCUGACAUUGAAAGAUAUGUUCCCAGCAACAGGAAAGAAAAGAAUUGAACUGUUGUUUGGUAUAUAUUCAAAAUAAUGUAUGUUCAUAUAUUUGUAUACUAAUUAUGCUCAGUAAUUAUUAAUCCAGCCUAAAACUAAAAAAGGAUUCAAAUGUAUUUGAUGUUGCCAUCAUUAUUAUCAACUAUGCACGUAAAUUACAGUUAUUUUUUCGCAUUUAUGCACUCACGAAAGGUGGUUAAUUUUACUCCAGUGUAAACCAUUCCUUAUUAAUCAUCUAAAAAGAGUGUGUAUUCACUUGGUUAAGAGGUCCUACACUGGUUUGAUUGUGUAUAUGUCUCAUGUACGCAUUAUGACAUUUUAUGUACGGCAUCCAUUUGUUUAGUUUAUUGGAACAUUUUCACAAACAUAUCGUAGUAAUAUAUAAAUUUUAUAUCCUGCUUUGUAUGUUUUUUUUUUUACUUUACAAUUUUACUGUUUAAUGGAUGAUGCAUAUCCAUUGUGUGGAAUAUCACAGAAAACAGAAGUAAUUUGUUAUGGCAAUAUAUUGGUGUGGACUCUUCUUUCGGUUGUCAAUUGACUUUGAAGAUGUCAAAGGUCAUGACAUGCAGGUUAAACAGUAUGACCCUGUGAAUGUUAAUAAGUAUUCUUUGCCUUUGCAAAACAACUUACAGGAAACUUGGUAUGAUGUGAUAAUAAGUGUUUUAUUGCCCAAGCAAAAAACAAAUUUGUUAGUAUGUCUUAAAUUCAUUAAACAAAGUACUAUUCAGUGGAAAAUCUGAUUUUUAUGUCUCAAUUGUUAAAUCUGCGUAGAAUAUUUCUAACUUUUGAAUGAGAGUCACAAUAAUAUUAAGAAAUGUAGCUUCAUUGAUGAACAAAAUGUGAUUUUUAAAAGUCAUAAUUUUGUUUAAUCAUCAUAACAAUCAAUUUGAAAUUUGUGAUUUAAAAUUUGAUAAAGCGAUCAUGGUUCUAAUUCUUUCAAUGAUUUAUUAAUUUCCGAUGGAAGUCUGAAAAAAAUGUUUUUGAUAAAUAUUUUUCUCAUGGUACAAAUGUCGAGAGAACAAACAAUUCUGACAAAUUUGGUAAAGUGUUCAUUUAUUAGGUGCAGUGCCGUAGCCAUCUAGAAUUGUAUGUGAUGUGUCUAGAAGGUUUAUUACACAGGUUGCUGCUUUGUUUACACAGUACCCCAAAAUUCUCUUGUACCCAUUUUUUGUGCCUUAUCCUGUAGUUGUGGUCAGCAUUUUUAGCUGUCUCUCAACUAUUGUAUUAGAAAACCUACAAGACUUAUCCAUCACAACACAAAACCUACAAGACUUAUCCAUCACAACACAAAUCAGUCCUCAAUAUUACCCAUAUUGCUGAUCAUCAUAAUCUGAUUGUUUCAUAGUCAUUGCGUGGACCCAGUAUUUAUGACCUUUGUAAGUUGCUUAAUUUUUGUAUCUUUAUAGGAAUUCAAUACCAGUAACUUAAGUAUUACUCCCUUUAAAUGUUUUUUAUCUUUUUCUGCUAUUGAUUUAUUCAGUGAAAUACAAUGAGGAGUUCCUGAAAGAGUGCCCUCUAUUGGCAUUGCCAUUGCUGGGGGCCUUCUCAGGGACUGGUGCGCGUAUUAUGUCGUGGUGCAAAAUCCAUAGAAUAGAUUACAACAACAAAAAAAAACUACAUACAUACAAUUACAAUAUUUGGGUUGUAGCAGAGGAUUAUGUGAAAACCCCACAAGACCCAGCUAUGGCAUUUGUAGGGAGAGUAAUCAAUAUAAAUGGAUCAGCCUGUUUCACUAUUAUCACUAUUGUUUUAUUGUAUCUUAUCCUUGAGGCAUGGCUGUUGACCCUUUAUCUUUCAAACCCUUGAUUUGGGUGGGGGGUGUGGGUUUGAUAGUUUCGUAAAUGGAAACCAUCCUAUUCUAGAGAGGCACAUUUUGGAAUAUUUAUGCUAAGCCCAUAAACAUAAUCUUGAAUUACCAUCAGGCAUUGCACUGUAAGUUGCAUGUAUAGUAGAUUAUCAACCUACUCCUCUGCCGCACCCCUCCCCUUAUCCCCAGGGGCACAAGCUUCAUCUGUUUUUGACCUCCCGAGCUGCAGGAACUCCCCAUGGCUAUUGCACUUCAAGAUUAAGCCUAAAAUAAAAAAUACUUGCAAUUGAAGAUCAUGUGAAGUGUUGUAUUAGUCCAAUUCUUCAAGUUACAAUGAUCAUGCUUAUAAUUAUAGUGCUUUGUAUAUUUCAACAUCUGGCAGUCCCUUAAAGAUUCUAGCUGACAAGUACUUCAUCAAUGAUGCAUUGAUUAUAUUAAGUAUUUGAAUAAAUGAUUAUAGCCUGCUGUAUGCAUAUGUUGAGGAUUAUGCAGUAAAGAUCAACUUAAUAUUCACAGUUAGCAGCAGGGUAUUAGUAACAUAUGACAAUGUAUCAUAAUGGAUCAUUAUUAUUUUAAAUAAUAAAAUUAUGAACUAUUGAUCAUGAAUUAGAUAUUCAAACUAUUUAUGAAUGUUCUUUCACAAGAAAAAAGCUUUAUAAUUAGAUAUUCAACAAUCUAUUAUUUCUAUUGAAAUGAUAAUUUAGAUAAGAUCAUCUAUUGAGCUCAAAUCAUUGAUAUGUGAAUAUUCACCGCAAAAACUUGUUUCAAGGUAUAAAAUAAUGCAAAGAUCAGUUAACUUUACAGAAAUGAAUUACAUUUGCUUUGUAUAAAAUGCAAAACUACCUGAUAUUCAAUGAGAAUUGUUGCCAUUUUGUGGUUCAGAAUCUGGUUUUUAACCAUAUGCUAUUGAAUAAGUCAUGGUAACAAAAGGGUCGUCCGGGUGGGUUAUUUUUCUUGUGAAUUUAGUGGAUUAACAUGUACCUGUGAUUGUAGAUGUUUGUUGAUUGGCUAAGACCAUCUUUUUCGCAGUUAACCAAUAGCUAUUGAUGAAAUGUUGUAUUCUGACUCAGUAAAGUUAGGUGCAAUUGGAA